UGGCCGCCGGCGCGGGUCACGAGAACAAACACCGGGGCAACCGGCGCUUCCCGGCCGGUGUCGCUCCGCGGCGGGCCAUGGCCAACGUCUCUAAGAAGGUGUCGUGGUCCGGCCGGGACCGGGACGACGAGGAGGCGGCGCCGCUGCUGCGGAGGACGGCGCGGCCCGGCGGGGGGACGCAGCUGCUGAACGGGGCUGGGCCCGGGGCUGCGCGCCAGUCACCACGUUCUGCGCUUUUCCGAAUCGGACAUAUGAGCAACGUGGAGAUGGAUGAUGAACUUUUGGACCCGAAUAUGGACCCUCCACAUCCCUUCCCCAAGGAGAUCCCACACAACGAGAAGCUCCUGUCCCUCAAGUAUGAGAGCUUGGACUAUGACAACAGCGAGAACCAGCUGUUCCUGGAGGAGGAGCGGCGGAUCAACCACACGGCCUUCCGGACGGUGGAAAUCAAGCGCUGGGUCAUCUGCGCCCUCAUCGGGAUCCUCACGGGCCUUGUGGCCUGCUUCAUUGACAUCGUGGUGGAAAACCUGGCUGGCCUGAAGUACAGGGUCAUCAAGGGCAAUAUCGACAAGUUCACAGAGAAAGGUGGACUGUCCUUCUCCCUGUUGCUGUGGGCCACGCUGAACGCCGCCUUCGUGCUCGUGGGCUCCGUGAUUGUGGCUUUCAUAGAGCCGGUGGCUGCUGGCAGCGGAAUCCCCCAGAUCAAGUGCUUCCUCAACGGGGUGAAGAUCCCCCACGUGGUGCGGCUCAAGACGUUGGUGAUCAAAGUGUCUGGUGUGAUCCUGUCCGUGGUCGGGGGCCUGGCCGUGGGAAAGGAAGGGCCGAUGAUCCACUCAGGUUCAGUGAUCGCCGCCGGGAUCUCUCAGGGAAGGUCGACAUCACUGAAACGAGAUUUCAAGAUCUUCGAGUACUUCCGCAGAGACACAGAGAAGCGGGACUUCGUCUCCGCAGGGGCUGCGGCCGGAGUGUCAGCGGCGUUUGGAGCCCCCGUGGGUGGGGUCCUGUUCAGCCUGGAGGAGGGUGCGUCCUUCUGGAACCAGUUCCUGACCUGGAGGAUCUUCUUUGCUUCCAUGAUCUCCACGUUCACCCUGAAUUUUGUUCUGAGCAUUUACCACGGGAACAUGUGGGACCUGUCCAGCCCGGGCCUCAUCAACUUCGGAAGGUUUGACUCGGAGAAAAUGGCCUACACGAUCCAUGAGAUCCCGGUCUUCAUCGCCAUGGGUGUGGUGGGCGGUGUGCUUGGAGCUGUGUUCAACGCCUUGAACUACUGGCUGACCAUGUUUCGAAUCAGCCUGAUUCUUGGUUCCAGGUACAUCCACCGGCCCUGCCUGCAGGUGAUCGAGGCCAUGCUGGUGGCCGCCGUCACGGCCACAGUCGCCUUCGUGCUGAUCUACUCGUCACGGGAUUGCCAGCCCCUGCAGGGGGGCUCCAUGUCCUACCCGCUGCAGCUCUUCUGUGCAGAUGGCGAGUACAACUCCAUGGCUGCGGCCUUCUUCAACACCCCGGAGAAGAGUGUGGUGAGCCUCUUCCACGACCCGCCAGGCUCUUACAACCCCCUGACCCUUGGCCUGUUCACGCUGGUCUACUUCUUCCUGGCCUGCUGGACCUACGGGCUCACGGUGUCUGCCGGGGUCUUCAUCCCAUCCCUGCUCAUCGGGGCUGCCUGGGGCCGGCUGUUUGGGAUCUCCCUGUCCUACCUCACGGGGGCGGCGAUCUGGGCCGACCCCGGCAAAUACGCCCUGAUGGGAGCUGCUGCCCAGCUGGGCGGGAUCGUGCGGAUGACCCUGAGCCUGACGGUCAUCAUGAUGGAGGCCACCAGCAACGUGACCUACGGCUUCCCCAUCAUGCUGGUGCUCAUGACCGCCAAGAUCGUGGGCGACGUCUUCAUCGAGGGCCUGUAUGACAUGCACAUUCAGCUGCAGAGUGUGCCCUUCCUGCACUGGGAGGCCCCGGUCACCUCACACUCGCUCACUGCCAGGGAGGUGAUGAGCACACCAGUGACCUGCCUGAGGCGGCGUGAGAAGGUCGGCGUCAUUGUGGACGUGCUGAGCGACACGGCGUCCAAUCACAACGGCUUCCCCGUGGUGGAGCAUGCCGAUGACGCCCAGCCUGCCCGGCUCCAGGGCCUGAUCCUGCGCUCCCAGCUCAUCGUUCUCCUAAAGCACAAGGUGUUUGUGGAGCGGUCCAACAUGGGCCUGGUGCAGCGGCGCCUGAGGCUGAAGGACUUCCGCGACGCCUACCCGCGCUUCCCGCCCAUCCAGUCCAUCCAUGUGUCCCAGGAUGAGCGGGAGUGCACCAUGGACCUCUCUGAGUUCAUGAACCCCUCCCCCUACACGGUGCCCCAGGAGGCGUCGCUCCCACGGGUGUUCAAGCUGUUCCGGGCCCUGGGCCUGCGGCACCUGGUGGUAGUGGACAACCGCAAUCAGGUGAGCGAGGGCGGUGGGGGUGCAGGCAUGCCGCUCAGGGCUCCCCUCUGCCUGCUGCCUGUGCUUACUCUCAGCUCCCGGCUGGGGACAGGAGGCACGGGACCCAGCACUGAGUCGGCCCAUGCCCCAUGGCUGCACCCCUCCCCAGCUCCGUGCUCAGCUCGGGGGCUGUGUUGAAGCCCCCAGGGCCCCCAGCCUGUGCUGCCCCAGCCACAUGCAAGGCAGGGAUCUCCACAGGCGGCGGGAGCCGACCCGUGCGUCACUGUGGCCUGGCCUUGUCGUGCAGGUUGUCGGGUUGGUGACCAGGAAGGACCUCGCCAGGUACCGCCUGGGAAAGGGAGGCUUGGAGGAGCUCUCGCUGGCCCAGACGUGAGGCCCAGCCCUGCCCAUGGUGGGCACCAGCGCUGGCACCCCGGCCCCUCUGCACUUCCUCCCGGAGUCACUGGUUUCUCGGCCCAAACCAUGCUCCCCAGCAGUGGCAAUGGCGAGCAGCCUGCAGCUGGGCGGGCAGGCGGCAGGCGUGGAACUGACCCUCUCGCGGGACUGACCCUGUUGUGGGCAGUGGUCUCCCCCCUCGGCGCCUCCUUGUGCAGGCCCAGUCUCCGCUCUCCUCGUCUAGGUUUCUUUACCUCCAGGGAUCAGCUGUGUGUGUGUGACCUCCCUACCGGGCUGUCGGCCUCUUGGGAGCCAGCGGCAGGGCCGGCACCUGCGUGCCUGUGCCCGUGUGCGUGAGACAGAGCCCUCGACUCUGCUGCUGCCCCGAGGGCUGCCCUGCCCUGGAAGGGGGCCCCUCUGCCUCCACACCAGUGGAGUCUUCGAGACUUGGGAGCUGCUUGGCCUCAUUUUCAGCCAUGAGCAGACGGCCUGUGGUCCCUGGGCCUGAGCCACGGACUCGUAGCAGCAGGGUUUGGAGGCCGGGACCGCCCCGGAGAGCAGCUUCCCAGUGGCACCACAGAGGAGCCCCAUGUGCACUCCCCGGCCUGCAUCCGGCUUGGGCACACAGGCCCAGAGGACUGGGGUGACGGGCCCUGUGCUGUGAUGUUGAGAGCUGAGAAAAACCUCCAAGGCCCUGAGCCCCAUGCCCAGCCCUGCCUUGGUCCCCCAACCCCCAGAGCUUGGAGUCUGGGCCCCCACCCGGCCCUGCCUUGGUCCCUGAGCCUCAGAGCGUCGAGUUGCUGCCCUGUGGACACUGGCUGGGAAGGCAGGUCUUCCCCCAGCACAUGGGGACCCCGGCCUCGGGGGUGCCCUCCCUACCCUGUCCCUGCCAGCCACCAAGUGCAAGUGCAGCAGGGGCCGGCCUCCUGCCGGCCUCAGGACACCUGGCCCAGCACAGGUGGCUAGAAGGGCCGGUGGGCACUGGGGCCGAGAAGCCCCCCCUGACCACCUGAGGGCCCCUGGGAGGCUCCUCUAGCCUGGCUGGGCUGUGUCUGGGGCCGCCACAGGGCCCUUCACAGGGCAUUAGAGGCAACUUUAGUGUCCCUGUUAGAGCAACACGGGUCCCUCCAUGGGGGGGAGGGGCUGGGUGCGGCCCCCUGCCGUGUAUUUCCUCCCCAGGGAGUGGGGCUUCCCCAGGAGCUGACGCCACACCCCCUCCUUAGCCCUCACAGGGCCCCAAGGCGUCCGAGUGUGUUGGGUCUGAACGCGUGAAAUAAAGAAAUCCUCUCA